AUAAAACUUUACGUAGAUUUCACGAUUCAAUUGAUUCUAUAUUAGUUGAAAAUUAACCUUCAAUUAAAUAAGAACUUGACAAAGUUUUCUUUGUUGUCUUUAUUUAUUAUUCGCUUACUAUUACGCUUACUCGGAAAUAUUACAAAUUAAAAAUCUUGACAAUAUUAAGUACCGUUAAAAUGAUACUUAUACACGUGCUAAUAAUGAUCGCAUUUAUCAAGGUUUCACUGGCUGAUGAUAGUGUGGAACCGCGCAUUAUCAAUGGAAUUCCGGCUACUGUACAAGAAACUAAACAUCAAGUCUCCAUACGAAUAAAACAACGCGAUUUUCCCUUCGGCAAUGGACAUAUAUGUGGUGGUUCUCUAAUCGGGCCAAAUAAAGUUUUAACGGCUGCUCACUGCUUAUACAAUAACGAAACGAAGCGUUACCGUAGACCGAACGAGUUCAUUGUCGUACUGGGUACCUUAAAUCGUUUUAAACGUGUCAAUGGUACUAUUGUUUCCCAUGUUAGCUCCAUAGGGUAUAUGAAAACUUUUGAUAUGGAAACGAUGCGUGAUGAUAUUGGUUUAAUGUUUUUAAAAACGGGUUUACCUAUCAAUAAAACUCAUCUAACCGUUGCACCUAUAGAUAUGGCAAAUACUACAACACUUAAUCGAACUACUUGUCAAAUCUCUGGUUGGGGUAAAACCGAACAGGAUGUGUUAUCAACACUAUUGCGUACGGCAAAUGUGAGCAUUAUAGGUCAAGACAUAUGCUCAAUGGUCUACGGAAAUGCUUUGUAUAAAGGUAUGAUUUGUGCUGGUCGUUUAGCGGGCGGCACUGAUUCGUGUCAAGGCGAUUCGGGUGGUCCGCUAAUUUGUAACAAUACCUUGGUCGGAGUAGUGUCGUGGGGCACAGGUUGCGCUCAGCCCUUAUCUCCAGGUGUUUACUCUGAUGUUCAAUAUUAUUACAAAUGGAUUAUGAAGCAUAACAAUGCUAGCAGUAAUGUAUUUAGUAUGCUUUACAUCUUGAUAGCUGGUGUAUUAAGCAUACGAACCAUGAUUUGAACUCAACACUUAUUUUAUCAUUUAUUUUAUUAUUUAGAAAUUAUUUUAAAAAAAACAAAAAGCAAGUAAGAAAGUUAUAUUCGGC